CGCGCGCUCUACAAAUUUCAUUCGGCCGCUUCUUAUAUAUUUCGUUCCCUCAGCCAGCUCCUGUAUACACUCUCACACCCCUUCACCACCUUACAUUCGCUAUUCGAGGACCAUCUAGUCACUUCAUCCCUUCGAGAACUUCCAUCUUCCUCCACCAUUCUACCACUACAAGCCCACGACACCCCACACGACACAGUCAUGGCCGUCAGAGCUCAAUUCGAGAACUCCAACGAAGUCGGCGUCUUCGCGACACUCACAAACUCAUACGCCCUCGUCGCCGUGGGUGCGUCCGAGAACUUCUACAGCGUCUUCGAAGCCGAACUCCAAGACAUCAUCCCCAUCUGCCACGCCACGAUUGCCGGCACGCGCAUCGUCGGACGUCUGACCGCCGGAAACCGCAAAGGCCUGCUCGUCCCAACCUCCACCACAGACCAAGAACUGCAACACCUGCGCGACAGCAUCCCCGACGCAGUCAAGAUCCAGCGGAUCGAAGAGCGCCUGUCCGCGCUGGGAAACGUGAUAUGCGCAAACGACACGGUCGCGCUCGUGCACCCGGAUAUCGAGCGCGAGACUGAGGAAAUCAUCGCCGACGUCCUCGGCGUCGAAGUCUUCCGCCAAACCAUCGCCGACAACGUCCUCACAGGCUCCUACAUGGCCCUCUCCAACGCAGGAGGCAUCGUCCACCCCAAGACCUCCAUCCAAGACCAAGACGAGCUCUCCUCGCUCCUCCAGGUGCCCCUCGUCGCCGGCAGCGUCAACCGCGGCUCGUCCGUCGUGGGCGCCGGCAUGGUGGUCAACGACUGGAUGGCCGUCACGGGGCUGGACACUACCGCCACGGAGCUGAGUGUUGUCGAGAGUGUGUUUCGGCUGGGUGAGGGGGGUGGGCAGGGCGCGGGGGCGAUUAAUACGACGCAUAAGGAUGCGAUGGUGGAGAGUUUUUAUUGAGGUUGGG